AUGACGGACAAGCCGCAGCAGGGACUUCCGCCGGAGCAAUGUCAAACGGCCUUCUGGUUCAUCGAUCCACGGCAGUUUUCUUGGGAAUUCUGCAGUAUCGAUAAUGCAACCCAGCAUCCAUAUAUGGCCGCUCGUAGUUACCAUCGGGUCGUCGAUCUCACGUCGAUGAGCCGGCACCUCUUGUGGAAUACUAGGACUGCAAUUUGCUGGUUCAGGAUUCCGCCAUCUAGCCUUAUUGGGUACAAGCAACAAUUGGCCACGAUUUUCAGUCGACCCCAUGGUUUCGACAGCCCACGCCCCUCGACAUCGGCAAAUAUUGUGGGAGUUAUGGAGUCGGAAUUUCGUACAACAUCGAUCCAAAGCAAACUUAACACCGAAGUGGCGCAUGUAGUGAAGGGCGCGGUUGAGAACGCAUUUUCCGAACCGCUGAGCGUUCGAUGCCCUUCUCGUCCCAUAACGUUGGGCUCCACAUCUCCGACCCCCCUAAAGUCCGGCCCCUAA